AUCUCUCGUAAGUGGAACUGAGUUUCGGACAAUCUACUACCAACAUGACAUCCCCAUUACCACUCCUGCGUUCCUUUUCAACCGAGAAUCAGAACCGUGACUGGAGCAAACGGUUUUCCCUGCGCAUCAAGCAGAAAAGCAGCAACGAUGGCAAACUGGACUUUGCAUCGUUGCGCAAGAACAAAUUUGCACGCCGCUGCUCGUCCCUUCGCCAGCAGCCCACCGAACAAACCACAUCGAGCGUUACGCUCGAGCUGGAGUCCGCCUCGCCGGCACAUUCCAUGACCAUCCACGAGAACAGCUCACCGAAGAAACCGAAAUGGGAGGUCAUCGAACACUUCAAAUCGAACGUCCGGGGACAGGAGUCGAUCAGCAGCAGUCUCAUCGCGGCCGGCGUGACAGCGUUCAACCUGGACGAUACCACCUCCAACUACUCCGGUACGCCAUCGAUACGGAAGAAAAGCUUCCAAAUCUACAGUGGCGCAGCCCAGGAAGAGCUGGAACCGCUGAACAACUUGAACAUCAACAACACAACCGAGGGUGUGUUCGAUACGUCCCGCUGCUGGAACACGGUCAAAUGUUUGUUCAACGGUGUCAUCUGUUCGCACAAAUUUAAAAAUGUACAGGUGGAAAUGUUGUACCAGCGGUACUUUCUUCGCAUGAAUCAAAGCAAUGCGGUUCACAUCGUGUGGCUUCUGUUAGGAUUAAUAUUUAUCUUAGCGCUAAUACAUCUAGUGUUUACGUUCAUCCUGCAACAGUCGCUGGAAAGCUGCUACCAGUCUACACCGCUGGACGGUGUGCACGUCGGUCAAGAUCCCCUCAACGGUACCACGUUGGCGGCGAUUGCAUUCGGCAACGGUAGCUACGAAGAUCCGCUCGAAAGAAACAGAACCGAGGAGGUGGUGCCACCGGAUCGAAACUACGGCGAAGAACGUAGCGUAACGGUCCAACCGAACCAACGAGAACGCAACGAAGAAGCGGAGCGGGACGGUACGAGCGGAUUCCAUGGUAACGAAAAGGACGACCCAGGUGGUACGGGUGCGAAAGGUUUCAGCGAAUUGGUUGACGAAUGGACUGCCGAUGGGGCGGAAGAAGCAGACGGUGGAAUGGUACGAAGGACACGAAGACGCUGGGAUGCUGAAUCUGAGACUGUCGUCGUGGUACCUGUUGCUGAUACGGCGGCUCAAGAACGAAUACGGGACCGCACGGGGACGGUAAGGAGGAGACGAUGGUCUCGGGGACAUGCAAAUCAUAGAAAUAAUGUGGAGUCCAGCAAGCACGAUGACAGCUUCGUCGCAGAAAAUGCAGCUGACAUCACGCUGCACGAUAAAGACAAAGACGACAAGGAUAAAAGGCGGAAGUAUACCACCACAGAGAAUGCACGCGAGCUGGACACAGGAAGCGGAUCGUACGGCUCGGUGAGCAGUACGUUCACGACGCCUCAGGUGCUGCCGGGCAACGUCAGUAGCGAUUACUCGGAGGAUGGAGAAAUUCCGUUGUGUAAUCGCGACUACUUUACGCUACUGAAGGACAACAUGACCCAGAUCAUUGUGUUGGGCGUGUGUGCCACGGUGUACGCGUUACUGCUGAUGUGUCUGUACAAGCAGCGCAUCAACGAGAUCUACCUGUUUCAGGUGUCGUACGUCAUUAUGGUGACGCUGCUCGUACUGGACGUGUGCUUCAGCUUUACCACAUCGGCCAAAAAGUUCACCUCGUCAGGUGGAUGUACGGUGAUUGCCAUCUACAUCAUCUACACGAUGCUGCCGAUACGUCUUCGUGAGGCAGUUGUUGGUGGUAGCCUGCUGUCCAUCUCGCACAUCGUGCUCAUGUUCUACAUGAACGAGUCGGACGAUAUGGAUGUGUUAUACUGUGAUCUGAUCACACUCGCCUGUACAAAUGCGACCGGCAUCCUACUGCACUGGCCAAAAGAAAAAUCUCAACGCAAAGCAUUCAUGGAAACACGCCAGUGUGUCGAGGCACGGCUCAAAAUUCAGCGCGAGAAUCAGAAGCAAGAGCAGCUGCUUCUGUCCGUGCUUCCCCGGCACGUCGCGAUGGAGAUGAAGAACGACAUUGCAGGACAACCGCGAGAAGCGCAGUUCCACAAAAUCUACAUCCAACGGCACGAGAACGUUAGCAUACUCUUUGCGGACAUCUGUGGUUUCACCAGCUUAAGCGAUCAGUGUACCGCCGAAGAGUUGGUCCGACUGUUGAACGAAUUGUUUGCUCGAUUCGAUCGGCUCGCACAGGAGCAUCACUGUUUGCGCAUUAAGCUGCUCGGCGAUUGCUAUUACUGUGUGUCAGGAUUGCCCGAAGCCCGUCCAGAUCAUGCACUGUGCGCGGUGGAGAUGGGACUGGACAUGAUCGAUGCGAUUGCUCUGGUGCGUGAAGUUAUGGCGGUGAAUGUGAACAUGCGUGUAGGAAUCCACACUGGACGGGUGCAUUGUGGAGUGUUGGGUUUGAGGAAAUGGCAAUUUGAUGUGUGGUCUAACGAUGUAACGUUGGCCAACUAUAUGGAGAGUGGCGGUGUGCCUGGACGGGUACAUAUCACAAAGGAAACGCUCCGCUGUCUUGGUGAUCAUUACGAUGUGGAGGAAGGUCGUGGAGCGGAUCGGAACAGCUAUCUGAAGGAUCAUCAGAUACAGACGUAUCUGAUCGUGCCGAAAGAUGCAUCAUACAGGCCGCACACAAUGUCGAAACAGUCGUCGUCCGUUAAUGGCAACAUUUCCAAGGAGUUGCGCAUGAUGGGCCAUUGGUCGAAGAUGGGCUUCAAUGACAAAACUGAACCGAAAAGCACCGAAGAGGAAGUGAACGAGUAUCUCAUCAAAGCAAUCGACGCACGUAGCAUAGAUCGGUUGCGGCUCGAUCACUGCAAGCGGUUCCAUCUGACGUUCAUUAAGGAUGACAUCGAGCGAAAGUACUGUCUCGAGCCGGAUCCGAUGCUGAACGUCUAUUUCUAUUGCAGCAUCAUCAUCUUCCUGGGGAUCAUGUCGAUACAGGUGUUAGUGUUCCCGAUGGAUCACUUCAGCUAUUGGGUGUAUGGAGUUCUAUCCCUUACCCUUUUAGUAUCCUGCGUCCCAGUGUUUACACGGGAAGAUAUGAAAGUGUCUACAUUCUUUCGUGCAUUGUCACAAAAAAUUCACGGCCACCGUGAAAUAGCUCAAGUGAUAUCGCUAUGCGUCGUCAUUACUGUGAUAUGUUUAUCUUACUACAAACUGACUUUAAUUUUCUAUCUUUCGCUUUACGACGAGUAUCCGCUCGUUCGGCCUAGUAGUUGUAAGGAGUCAAAAAUUAUUAAUAUUCUACUAUUGCUUACCUUGCUUGCCUUACUGACCUGUGCGGUACAUCAGUUUAUUAAAAUUUUAUUCAAAAUCUUGCUGCUUAUUGUCAUACUCGUGCUGUACGUUGCGUCCAUCAUCGUGCUGGCACUCAUCUUCGACCGUCACUGUGAACCAUGGUUUCUAACGACAGAAAGAUUUCUGAUCGAUGUAGCGUUCUUGGUCGUGUUCGUGAUCGGACAAAUUAUGCACAGCCAGCAGACGGAGAUCACACGUCGCCUCGACUUUAUCUGGAAGCUGCAAGCGACGGAGGAGAAGGAGGACAUGGAGCAUCUGCAGGCUUACAACCGUAAACUGCUAGCCAACAUCUUACCGGUUCAUGUGGCGGAUCACUUUUUGAUGCGUGAGAAAAAUAUCGAGGAAAUCUAUCACGAACAAUGCGACACGGUGUGCGUAAUGUUCGCUUCGAUACCAAACUUUUCCGAGUUCUACAUCGAGCUGGAAGGGAACAACGAAGGCGUCGAGUGUUUACGGCUGCUGAACGAAAUCAUUGUCGACUUUGACGAGCUGCUCGGACUGGAACGAUUCCGCUAUGUGGAGAAGAUUAAAACGACUGGCUCAACGUACAUGGCCGCCUCGGGGCUGACCGCGAACAGCUGUGACAAGAACGAUUUCCAGCACGUUAUCGCCAUGAUGGAUUAUGCGCUCGAACUCUUCCAGAAGAUAACGGACGUCAACGAACAUUCCUUCAACAACUUCCGUAUGCGUAUCGGGAUCAAUAUCGGACCGGUAGUGGCGGGUGUGAUUGGCACCCGUAAGCCACAGUACGACAUCUGGGGCAAUGCGGUUAAUGUCGCUUCGCGGAUGGACUCCACGGGGCUGAUGGACCACAUCCAGGUCACGGAAGAUGUGUAUCAGAUAGUGAAGGACAAUGGCUACAAUCUAACCUGCCGUGGAACGGUCAACGUGAAGGGUAAGGGCACGAUGAUCACCUACCUGAUGCCGGGUUUAGCAAAGGAGCAAAGCAACUAGAGCGUCGUAGCGUGCCUCAAGAGCACAG